AAUUAGAAAGAGAAAACUAUAAUCCGUACCAUCGAUACUCUCCAAAGGUGCUAUUUUUCUUUUUAGCCAAAGAAAAUUCAUUUCGUUCUGCUAAAUUCACGAAGUUAAAAUGGCAUUUGGCGAUUAUCCAGCGGAAUAUAAUCCAAAAAUCCAUGGACCAUACGAUCCAGCACGUUAUUAUGGCAAAGCUGAUGUCCCAUUGGCCCAAACCAAAGUUGGAGAAAUCGGUGCAUGGAUAAGCCGCAGGAAUAAGUCUCCAUCGGCAAUUGCUGGAGCCUUCAGCCGCGCCUGGUGGCGUUGGCAACACAAGUAUGUCCAACCCAAGAGGGCUGGCAUUGCACCAUUCUUCCAGUUGACUGCUGCAUGCAUGAUCUUCUUCUACACCAUCAACUACGGAAAGAUCAGGCACCACAGGAACUACAAAUACCACUAAUCGUUGGAUAUUCCAGCCUAUACUACAACUACCAUGGGAUUCGGCGUUUUAUUAUUCCACAAAAAAAACUUAUGAAUAUCGAAAAUUGUUUUAAAUGCUAUCCCACUUUGUCGAUUUAAUUGUUUCAAGGCAGAAGAAUUAAUUUAGAAAAAAAAAAAUAAAGGAUAAAUGCCAUCAA